GCCACGGACCGUCGACGCCGAGCGGGCGGCGAAGAAGAGCUGGCAUUGCCUUUCAAAUAAUCACAACAGUCGCCCACCCAGGCGCCCACUGUUCGUCGUCUCCGCUGUCGUGAAAGUGCUUCGCGAGUAAGAUUCUCAGCACCAAGCAGACGAGUGUGGCACUGAUACGCCUGAAGUUGUGAGCGAGAAGCUGCAACGUGAUGGAGGUUGAGAAUAAAGAAGGAACCGAGAGCCCUCUGCCCAACGGCAGCACCCAUCCACCCAAACGUGGACGAGGCAGACCACGAGGGUCACUCAAUAAGAAGUUCCCUACCGAGAAAGCGCCGACACACAACACCAGGCCAUCCAAAAAGGUGGACUACUUUUCUCCCGAUAUAGUCAUAAAGACCAAGGUGAAGAAACGCGGUCGACCAAAGAAGAUAAAAAUGCCCGGCAGGCCGAGAAAGAUCCCUCUAACGCCUGAGGAAGAAUCGGAAAGACUUCAAAGGUUGAGUUUACAGCGCAAGAGGAGACUGUCAAAGCCACUCGGAAGACCACGCAUUCAUCCCGUCGCCGAAGGUCCCAAGGUAAAAAGAGGAAGAGGCAGACCGCGAGGGUCACUCAAUAAGAAGCUCACCGCCAGGCCAUCAAACAAAGACACAGAGUCCAGUGUGAAGAAACGCGGUCGACCGAAAAAGGUAAAACUCCCCGGCAGGCCGAGAAAGAUCCCUCUAACGCCUGAGGAAGAAUCGGAAAGACUUCAAAGGUUGAAUUUACAGCGCAAGAGAAGACUGUCGAAGCCGCUCGGAAGACCACGCAUUCAUCCCAUCGCCGAAGGUCCCAAGGUAAAGAAAGCAAGAGGAAGACCGCGCAAGUACGCUGCUAAAUCUGAUUCGACGAGCGGUGGAGCCAAACAAGCCGAUGCCGAUAUCGCCCUUGACGCCGCCAGCGGCCCUCCGCGAAAGAGAGGGAGGCCGGCGGGCUCGGUGAAGAAAAAGAGGGGUCGCUCUGCAGGUUCUGCAAAGGUCGCAAGUGGAGACGUUCAGAGCCCCCCGGAGGAUCAAGCAUAAACCCCCGUCACCGAAGGUCCCAAGAUGAAGACCACGCAAGUAUGGCUCUAAAUCCGGAUCGCAAAGUGGCAGAGACAAACUAGCUAGUGUCGAAAUCAGCCUUGAUGUCGCCAACGGUCCUCCACGAAAAGAGAGGGAGGCUUUAAUGUUUUGUUUUAAUGGAUAAGGCAGAAAAUUUACGAUUGCAAAUGGUGUUUUCGAAAGAUGGGACUAUAAAAAUGCUGAAGAAAUCUCAUUUAAAAAAAAAAAAAAAGUGUUUCUGAGUGAGAUGAGAACGGUUAAUGUCUACAACCUUGUGUUUUUCUUGAAGGACGUCUCCCAGCUGUCGAUUUAAGUUAAGCACCCAUAUAGACUAUAGACUAGUUAUUUUCACUCUACGUAUCUUAAAUCCAGUGUGCUUUUUUUACUCUGAUGUUCUGGAUGGACAAAUUUAGUCAUGUUUGAUAGAAUAUCAGCCAAUUUGAAUUCCCUCUUUCAUUAUCAUACAUUUUAAUGGAUAACAUACAAUAAAGGCAAUCAAAUUAUAUGUACCUCUGUCUUUUAUUGAAUAAAAUGUUAUACUUUUA